CAUACUUAGGACGAAAAAUAGUAGUUUCACCUAAAAGUGUGAAUAAAACUAAAAUAAAACACAAUAUGUUUUGUUACGAAAAAGAAUGAGAUACUACAGACUUUUAUUGAGGUUAAACAUAAAGAUAAUAUUCAUUUAAGACAGUGUACGCGAUUAUACACAUUGUAAGGAUGUUUAAUCCUUUGCAUUUAAAGAAUACUUUUCUAAAUGCAUCUUUAAUUAAUAAAUUGAAAUUUUGUUAUCAACCGGUAGUAAAAAAUUCUGUACAUAAAAGUUAUGUAUUUCAUAAAUCAUACCAUUCUUUGCCUAAUCAUGCACUUAAAUCAAGAAAUACAAGAGAAUCGAUUGAAGAAAUGAUGAAUGUAAAUACAAAUGUGCAAAAUAAUGUACUGCUGUUUAAACAUGAAUCUUCCACAACUUGUACAUUACUUAGGUAUUUUAGUAUUGGAUGGGUAUUUUGUUCUGCAUCAUUAAUAUAUUAUUCGUAUAAUCAAAUCAAUUUGUCAGAAUACUCAAAAUCUAUAUCUCGGAAAGAUUAUUUGAACAAAAAGGGACUAUAUGUUGUAAUGUUCGCAUGUGGAAUUGUAUUAGGGCCUCUUGCGAUUUUUAUAUUACAUUUUUCAAUGCAACGAUUUAUAAAAUACAUUAUUUUAAACAGAGGUGGUAAAAAUGUAUCUCUAAUUACAUAUCAUUUAUUUAAAAAAGAAGCACUCUUAACAUUACCUGUGAAUAUGGUAAAAUCUUCUAUGUCAAGACAAGAAGCUAAACAAUAUUUGCCAUUGAAGGUUUGUGAUAAAUUGUUUUUUUAUUUAAUGGAUUUGGAGGGAACAAUGCUAAAUGAAAAGCUUUUUGAUAACACAAUUGGAUAUGACAAAGUUUUCCAACAUAGUGCAUUUACAAAUAAAAAAUAGUUAUCCAACAGAUGAAGAUCAAAACCUUAUGUAGUGGGACUCUAUGUAAGCUAUGAGCUACAUAAAUAAAAUUUAUG